GUUCAAGUGCUGAUUCUGGGGGCACUCCAAAAUUCAAAAGUCAGUUCUAUAGCACUGAGACACGUGCAGCAAGAAAAUUGGAAGCAAACCAGACAGGUGAGAUUCCUUACAGCCAUGCAGAGGAGCAAUCACACAGUGACUGACUUCAUCCUGCUGGGCUUCACCACAGAUCCAGGGAUGCAGCUGGGCCUCUUCGUGGUGUUCCUGAGUGUGUACUCUCUGACUAUGGUAGGAAAUAUCACCCUCAUCGUGUUGAUCUGUAAUGACUCCCGCCUCCACACACCCAUGUAUUUUUUCAUUGGAAAUCUGUCAUUUCUGGAUCUCUGGUAUUCUUCUGUCUACACCCCAAAGAUCCUAGUGACCUGCAUCUCUGAAAACAAAAGCAUCUCCUUUGCUGGCUGCCUGUGUCAGUUCUUCUUCUCUGCAGGGCUGGCCUGUAGUGAGUGCUACCUGCUGGCUGCCAUGGCUUAUGAGCGCUACAUGGCCAUCUCCAAGCCCCUGCUUUAUGCUCGGGCCAUGUCCAUAAAGCUGUGUACAUUGCUGGUAGCAGUCUCAUAUUGUGGUGGCUUUAUUAACUCUUCAAUCAUCACCAAGAAAACGUUUUCCUUUAACUUCUGCCGUGAAAACAUCAUUGAUGACUUUUUCUGUGAUUUACUUCCCUUGGUGAAGCUGGUCUGUGGCGAGAAGGGCGGCUAUAAGGUUCUGAUGUACUUCCUGCUGGCCUCCAAUGUCAUCUGCCCCGCGGUGCUCAUCCUGGCCUCCUACCUCUUUAUCAUCGCCACUGUCUUGAGGAUCUCCUCCUCCCAGGGCCGCCUCAAAGCCUUCUCCACAUGCUCCUCCCACCUGACCUCUGUCACUUUAUACUAUGGCCCCAUUCUCUACAUCUAUGCUCUCCCCAGAUCUAGCUAUUCUUUUGAUAUGGACAAAAUAGUUUCUACAUUUUACAAUGUGGUAUUCCCCAUGUUGAAUCCCAUGAUCUACAGCCUAAGGAAUAAGGAUGUGAAAGAGGCUCUGAAAAAACUUCUUCCAUAAAUCAAUAUUAUCUCCACUAGAGGAGAAACAAAGACGACCGUAGAUGGAGUGUUUUGUAUUUCAAACAGAGUUACCAUUGUGCUUUAUCAUGAUCAGUCCCCCUCUUGAUACGUGACAGUUACAGACACAUGCAAUAAGAAAAUUAGGAAAAUUUAGGAGAAAAACUUCUGAAUAUAUAAGAAUUUGAAUUGAAUUUCCUAUCUCUCUUAUUAAAAACAAACAUAAACCUUAAGCCCAAAACCUCUCCUAUACCUUCAUAAAGUGAGGAACAGCCUACCUCGUUAGCCUAAGAUUUGACUAACUGAUACAUAUAGAAGAGUAUCUAUAUAGUUCCUAGAACUAGGAAGAAUUGUGCUCAAUUUUUAAUAUUUUCCUAUGGUUAAUAACUAGCUGACAUUCAUCACUUUCCAUUCCCUGAACAGAAUAUCUUAAACAUUGUUCUACAUGCUUUCCCCCCUGCAAGAAGAAUUAUCACAAAGAUCCAGAGGAACCCAAGAAAUAACUCAGUACAAAUGAGACCCAGAAAGGCAUGACCUUGCUAUGCCUCUUACAUAAGUUUCUUGAUUAAGAAAAAAAUUCAUCAAGAUGCCAUACAUAUGAUUUUUGUAAUUCACUGUAUAAUUCCCAGAGCUCUUCUUUAUUUUACAGGGGUGAACUUACAAGGACUUUUACAUUUAAAUUGUGACCUUCUGAGCAUCAAAGGGCAAUUAUCAUCAUUUAAAAAAUAAUUAUUAUUUUGGCGAAGUGAAACAAUUUCAAAAAUAAAAGUCUAUGAGUACACAUUGAUCAAUAGAUAUUUUAUUUUUAUUUUUAAUAGAUAACUUUAUAGAGAAUAUGUAUGUACAAGUGUGAUUCAACAAACGGAUAUUUCACUUAGCAUAAUGUCUUCUAUGUUUAUUUACGUUGUUGCAGGUGACAGAAUUACAUUUCUUGUAAGGCUGAAUAGUAUUCCAUUGUGUACUAUAUGCCACUUUUUCUUUUAUCGAUUUAUCUGUUGAUGGGCACUUAUGUUGUUUCUACAUGUUAGCUAUUGUGAAUAAUACUGCAAUGAGCAUGAAAGCACAGAUAUCUCCUCAACAUAUCGAUUUAAAUUCCUGUAAGCAUCUACCCAGAAGUGGAAUUGUUGGAUCAUAUGGUAAUUCUAUUUUUAGUUUUUGGAGAGAACUCUAUACUGUUUUUCAAAAUGGCUGUGCUAAUGUACAUUCCCAUCAACAGAGUAUAAGAGUUCCCUUUACUCCACAUCCUGGCCAAUGUUUGAUAACUUCCAUCUUUUGGAUAAUGACCAUUGUAAUAUAAUGCAUAAUGUAUAAUAUACGAAGUGAUAUUUCAUUAUGAUAAGUGAAAUAAGCCAGGCAAAGGAGAAAACAUAUUGCAUCAUCCCACUUAUGAGUGGGAUCUAAAAUUUAGAACUCCUCCAAGUAGAGAGUACAAUAGUAGUCACCAGUGACUGGGUCAGGGUGGUUGGAGAAAGGAGAAAUGUCGAUCAUGGGGUACAAAGUUUCGUGUAGACAGGAGGAAUAAGUUCUGGUGAACUACUACAGGACAAGGUGACUACAGUUAACAGUAAUGUUUUGUGUAUUUCAAAAUCAUUUUAAAAGUGGAUCUUACGUGCUCUCACCACAAAGCAGUGAUAAGUAUAUGAGGUGAUGGACAUAAUAAUUAGUCUGAGAUGUUCAAUCCACAAUGUAUACAUGUACUGAAGCAUUGUAUUUUACCCCAUACAUGCAUAAAAUUAUGAUUUAUCAAUAUGAAUAAAAUUAAAAAAACAAAAAGAUGAACAUGACAAGUGGCAAUUAAUUUUGAUUAGUUUUUCAAUGUAAGACAGUACUAAUGUAAUUUAUGUUUAUAAACAUAAAUACUCUCUGGUUUGAAUUGGCAUAAGCAGUAAAGGAAGAAAAUGCAAGAAACCGAAUUAGGCAAGUAGGCCCAGAAAAUGUAGGAGUUUCACACAGAGAAGAAAGAUUAAAUUCACACUGGCAAUCACGGACACUAACACGGUAAGUGGAGGCAAGGAAUAAAAUCAAUAGAGGUUAUAACACACAGUAAUGCAACCGAAACAGAGUUCAACAGUGUAAUUCUAAGAUGCCCGAUUUAGGCAAUGUUCUGAAAAAGAACAGUAUUUAUGCCAACUCAGUAUUCUGGUUUUCUAAAAUACAUGUUCUAUUUCCCACUAAUGAUAUUAAAAUUCCUAUAAAAUACAUUCUUUUGAAGUAAUCUUAACUGACUUAAUUAUUAUAUUACAGUGGCAGUAAAUCAAUUAUGUUAUAUUGCUUGACUGAAACCAGAAAUCACAUCAUUCCAGAGGGAAGCAUCAAUUACAAAAAGUAAAACCGAUGUGACACAUCUAUUUUUAAAAUGCCGUGGUAUCAUAAACCCUGACAUGUAACUAUAGAAAAGAGUCUCAAACUACUUGAGGGCUUCUAUUCUAAUAUUUUUAGGGGAGGCUCUCAAAAUUCACUCUUCAAAUAAGAAUAAGAAUAUGCCCAUAUAUUAUAAACGUGGCUGGCCUAUGUACAUAUUCAUAUUAUUUUAUGCUGGAAGUUAGCUCUAGAAUCAUGUCUAAGUAAUAUUAC